CACGGAGGCUGGACAAGAUGGUGACCAGGAAGAGCGCGGUGAGGGGCGCGGGCCGCCAGGACCCUGGGGCCCCCGCCCCUCCAAGACCCGCCGCACGCACUCGCGGGCCGGACGAAACCCUGCCCGGGCCAAGACCCCCGUCCUCCACCUCCACCUUAUCCUGGGACCACCGCUCCACCUUGGACGCCGCGCCGGCCGAGACCCGCCCCCUCCCCGUCGCCCAAGCCGGUGGCCGGGGGCGUUCCUGGCCUAGCCGUUGUCCCUCUGUCUGCCCCUACCCUCCAGAACCAGGAGGGAGCCAUGGACCUACUGCGGGAGCUGAAGGCCAUGCCUGUUACCCUGCACCUUCUCCAGUCUACCCGUGUUGGGAUGUCUGUCAACGCCCUGAGGAAGCAGAGCUCGGAUGAGGAGCUUAUUGCGCUGGCCAAGUCCCUCAUCAAGUCCUGGAAGAAGCUCUUGGAUGUUUCUGAUGGCAAAACCAGGGAUCAAGGAAGGGGAACACCUCUGCCAACAUCGUCCUCAAAGGAUGCCUCAGAGGCCAUGGAUCUCAGGCCUUGUUUCUCUAGCUGUAAGAGGCCAGAUCCACCUAGGACCCCAACUACUCCAAGGAUCACGACGUUUCCCCCAGUGCCCAUUACCUGUGAUGCUGUACGCAACAAGUGCCGUGAGAUGCUGAUGUUGGCUCUGCAAAUGAACCACGACCAUGUGGCUGUUGGUGCAGACUGUGAGCAUCUGUCAGCUCAGAUCGAGGAGUGCAUCUUCCGGGAUGUGGGAAACACAGACAUGAAGUAUAAGAACCGUGUGCGGAGUCGCAUCUCCAACCUGAAAGAUGCCAAGAACCCUGGCCUGCGGCGGAAUGUGCUAUGUGGUGCCAUCACACCCCAGCAGAUUGCUGUGAUGACAUCUGAGGAGAUGGCCAGUGAUGAGCUGAAAGAGAUCCGUAAGGCUAUGACCAAGGAGGCCAUCCGUGAGCACCAGAUGGCCCGAAUGGGUGGCACGCAGACUGACCUGUUCACUUGUGGCAAAUGCAGGAAGAACAACUGUACCUACACACAGGUGCAGACCCGUAACUCUGAUGAGCCCAUGACCACCUAUGUUGUCUGCAAUGAGUGUGGGAACCGCUGGAAGUUUCCUUGCCUUCCUGCAGUUCUGCUGAGCCCUUAUACUGAUGUGCUGUAGCCCCGGGCAUGGCUAUCAUUGCCUCUCCUGCAUUCUUGGUGGAUACAACUUCUCUGAAGACCCCCAGAAGGUGGCAUGCCUUGCCCCUGCCAGCCAGCCUGAUGUGCACCUUUCUGCCUUUUGCCCCUUAUUACCCUCAACAUUAAAUGUUUUCUUUUGCCAUC